AUGGACGCCGUAGAGUCGCCCAAUGCCACCUCCGAGUCGGGAACCCUCAGUCCGGCACACUUCAACCACUCACGCAAGCGGAAACACUCGGGCUCAACAGACCGUCCCACACGCGAGUAUGGCUUGAUGCGGGACACGGGCAAGCAUGACACCGCACGCUUCGUUGGCAGCGGCAGCGGCAUUCACUUUAUCCGGGGUGUGUACGUGAGGCUGGCCCGCAAGUCCGCGCUCAGGACAUCCCAGUCCGCCAACAACAUUAGCGAUCUAGUCCCCGGAGAAGACGACCAGCUCCAGCGGGAGACGUCCUCGCGUGAUGGAGACGAGCAAAACCUCUGGCGCAGCUCUGAGUUGAUACCAGAGCCCGAAGGCGAUGACUUCAAUCCGACCUUUGAGCAGCUCGUCGACUGGUCGAGAAGCUACUUUGAAGCAUGGCAUCCGACGCUUCCUUUCCUCAGCGCUCCAGAUGUACUCAACCUCUUUGAGGAAGUCAGCGCUGGCGGCGUGGCUGCCCUCGGCCAUCUCGAGCGCUCGAUUGUCAAGUCGAUACUAUCAAUCUCUCUAGCUGACAGUCGCCAAAAGGCCCCCUUUGCCCAGCCGGUUCCAUCCUCGCUCGUCUUCCGCACAGUCGAGGAGGCAAUGUCGGCGUCACAGUUCGCCCUCUACCAACCUGCUUCGAUCCAAGCUACACAAGCUGCCCUCGCCAUACAAUUGUUUCUCGUCUCCAUGUUGAGACUGAACUCGGCAUCCAGAUUAGGCGGUUUGAUCGUCAGAAUGGCUUUCCACCUCGGCUUGCACCGGUGCCCCUCGAGAUAUCCCUUCUUCACCAAAGAGGAGGCACACAUGCGCCGACGCGUCUUUUGGUGCAUAUACUGCACGGAGCGAUUCUUAUGCCAAGCUCUAGGCCUACCCUUGGACAUCCGGGACGACGACGUCGAUGUGUGUUAUCCCGGCGAAGAAAAGCACGGAACACUUGCCGACGCCGAAGACAACAGGUUACAGCUGCUCACAUACCUGGUCAAGCACGCGCGGAUACGAGGGCUGAUCUUGGAGCUGCGGAAUAAAUCAAUACACUCACGCGACGAUACCGCAGAUCGGUCAAGUUACGUCCAAGCAGAGCUUGCAAAAUGGUCAAACGAGAUCCACGACGCGGUCGAAGACGAGCAUACCCAGGAUGAAGCCUCACCACAACCACCAAUCUCUGCGGGACAUCGUAUCUUUUUGCUUCUGCUAAAGUACGAGUCAAUGAUCUCCCUCAAUCGCCCGAUGAUGACGUCCGACCCUUCGAGCCCGGCGUACUCUGCUGGCUUACAAAAUUGCAUCUUUGCAGCGAAAUCCAUCUUUAUUGCGUUGAAGAGGCAUCAUAGCCAAAACAAGAUCCCAAAUGAUCAUACAAGCGCCUGUUUGCUUGAACCGUUGCUGCAGCCAUCAUUCACAUGGGCCGUGUGGAUUAGCGCGUUCAUUCUUAUUUAUGCUGGCUUUGAACGGCAGCUGCCUUUGGCCAGUGCCCUCAAGUAA